CUCUUCUUCUUUCUUCCCGCUGCAGCCCUAAAAGAAGGAACCAAGCAAGCCGCCGGCACCAGCCUUUGAGAGACCGAUAGAGAGCUUGAUUUUUGGCCUUCUUUUCUUGUUCUAAGACUGAAAUGGAACCCAGAAAUUCUCCCCCCUGCAGGAAGCUUCCGGAUCUGCUCUGCUCUUCCCUCUGCUGUCCGCCGGCUGCUCUUGUUGUGGGUGCGAAUUCUGGGCAUUUUUAGAAUUUUCCUUCCAUUCCCGCCGGCCUUCUUCCCCAACUUGCAGCUCCGGCCUUGCUUGCUGGAUUCUGGUUCCCGAUCGUUCUGUCAGUUAGCACUGAGAUUGAGUGCUCGGUUUUAUGCGAGUGAGGUAAGUAAAUUGAUGGUAAUGCCUGUACUGUUUUAAAAGCAUGUUUUGGUUUGUUUUUGAAGUGGUGGCAGGGCUAAACCCGUUUUAUACAAAAAUUUGCAUGAUUGAUUUGAAGUGAGAUUUCUAUGCUUUUCAUUAAAUUAAGCAUGCCUACUUGAAAGUUUAAUUGAUUGUCCUAAUGAUUUGAAAGUGAUUGGUAAAGCAUGAUUUUUUUGUUAACUUCUGCCUGUUUUGUCUCCGAUGUGGUCAUGUUAUUAGUGACCCUGCUAGUGGGGGAGUUUAUAAAUGCUAGCACAUGUCGGCACAUGUCGAUAUGUUAUUGUAACCCUGCUAGUGGGGGUUAAACGCUAGCACAUGUUGGCACAUGUCGAUAUGUUAGUGAUAGAACCGGUUCGUUUAAGUGACCCUGCUAGUGGGGAUUAUACACUAGUAAAUUGUGUGCCUGUUAGUGGGAGGUUUAUAACACUAGCCGUGACUUAUAGAGGAGACAUCUAUUUUGUUCCCGUACUGUAUCCGUUUUUCAUGAUUACACUUGUUGGCAUGCUAUAAAUUUAAUAAGGGGCAGUUUAUAUUUACUUACUGAGUUUAUCUCAUAGUUUUUCCUUGUUUACCAUUUCAAGAAAUGAAACCGAGGACAGGGAAACCACGAGAAGUGACGAGUUAGAAGGCUAGCCAUUUCGAGAUUGAUAUAGAUUUUAGAUAUAGAUCAUGAUCUUGUAAACUGGAUUUUAAUUAGAGAUUCUAUAAAUUCAUUGAAUGGAUUAUUAGUUACAAGAGAUUUGACCUUGAGUUAUAAGAUUUGAUCUGGAGAUUUUGGUGGUAUCAGAUUGUGAUAUGUUAAGUUUCGAGCCUUGUGCAUUUGUGGGACUCGUUUCACGAGUGUACGGCAUCUGUCACGCCUCGGAUUUGGGUUCUGGGGCGUGAUAGUCAUGUUGUCUAAAACGGGAUCCGACAGGUACAAAGGCAGUCAGUGGGAAGUUCUUGAUUGAGUUGGCUUAACUACUGUUUUCGUAAGGAGAAUGUGGAAGCUUGAGAUUUGACAAGGCACGGACGGCCCCUACCUUAGCAGCACAAAAAACUACCUGGGAAGGCAGACAUGGGAGGGCAGACAUGGGAGGGCUUUUAAAUGCAGACAACCAGGGGCAAAUCAAAGAAGAAGAGGGGAUGAGGUUAUUGGUGUGAAUAUGAAGAGUACAAAGAACGAAUUCAUGUUAAGGGUUUUGUAAAAUUCUGAAAAGCGAAAACAGGGAAAGUUGAAGACGAGUAAAAUUGAGAUUUUGUACUUCUAACUUGAAACAAUGUUGUUUUAAUAAUUCAUUCCGACAAAA